AUGACAUGUGGAAAGCCAUUUGGCGAAUUAAAGUUUGAUGUAAAAUUCUUUUCUUUCUCUGGCAAUGCUGUUACGAACGCAUUCCUGUCCGGGCUAACCUUCAUGCUCGAGUUGAUGUGGAAUAUUUCCCCUCUAAGAAUUGAGGUUAUUGAUCCUAGCUUGACAAAGUGGAGUCAGAUUUGGCUCCACCUUAACAGUUUAUGGUCCCAUAGUAAUCACACUAUUGAGUUGAGCAGCCUUGGAGCUUUGUUGUGUUGGCAUAUAUGGAAGGCGCGAAAUGAUGAGGUCUUCAAGAAUAUUCGUCAAGACGCAGCGGAGGUGGUUUCUUUGGCAGUUUCUGAUCUCUCAGAAUUUAACACCAUUUCUAAGUUUAAAGUCGUUUAUUCUCCAGUUCUGGAUAGUCCUAUUUUUGUUCCUUCUCAGUGGACUCCCCCACCUUUGGGUUUUUUAAAGCUUAAUAUGGACGCUUCUUUUUCUCCUAUAUUUUUGGAGUGUGGGGGUGGUAUUAUCCUUAGAGAUGAGCUCUGCAGACCUAUUAAGAUUGCUUCUUUGUUCUUUCAUCAUGUGAGUAAUGUAGAGUUGGCUGAAGCUUUGUUGCUUCGAGAGAGUUUGAAGCUUGCUCAAGCUUGGGGUUACUCUAAAGUUCUUUUUGAAGGGGACUGCAAAUCGGUGAUGUCUUUAAGGCCUAAUUCUAUUUUUGUUUCAGUUGUUUUGGAAGACAUUGCUUCCAUACUUCGUGUCAUGGAGGGAUGCAGUCUUUCUUGGGUUCUCGCUCUUGUAACAGUGUUGCUCACUCUUUAA